AUGUCAGAUUAUCAAGCAGUAAAUGAAAGUCGGAUCUCCCUUCCUAGAAAUAGGAGACGAGUGUUUUCCGUAUUAUCCAUAGCAGUGGUUGUGAUCAUAGUGCUAGUUGGCUUGACUGUUUACGAAAUCGGCUCAGAUCCAGAAGAAAACGGUAUAUGCACCGAUUGUGAUACCUACAAGCCCUUGAAAGCAGCCUUUACCAAUUCCCUGGACGAGAUCUUGUAUGACCGAGAAUACAAAGGAAGCCUCGUCAAAAAGCUAACAGGCGCGAUCCAAAUUCCCACAGAAAUUUAUGAUAACACCCCUAAGCCUUCACCCGACCUGGCUGUUUGGCAAAAUUUCCAAAAACUGCACUACUACCUCGAAGACCAGUUCCCUAUCCUGUAUGAAACGGCCCAGGUAGAAAAAGUUGGAGGCUACGGGCUGCUAUACACCUGGCAGGGUCAGAAUUCUAGUCUCAAGCCCCUACUGUUGAUGGCCCAUCAAGAUGUUGUUCCUGUGGAUCCCAACACCGUUUCCCUAUGGACUCAUCCACCUUUUAGCGGAUUCUACAAUGAAACUGAAGACUUGAUAUACGGACGUGGAGCCGAAGACGUCAAGCGCAUGGUAAUUUCGCAUCUUGAAAGCGCCGAAAAAUUGAUCAAAGACGGAUUCGUGCCUCAGCGUACAGUCUUGAUUUCUUUGGGAUGCGAUGAGGAAGCUUCAGGGAAAUGUGCUAAAGAAAUUGCAACUCACAUUGAAAAAAGGUAUGGCCGUGAUAGUAUUUACGCUAUCUUGGAUGAGGGCGGUGGCGUAAGGGAAUCAAAUGGUAGUUAUUACGGGGUGCCAGUCACGGCUGAAAAGGGCUAUCUGGAUGCCGAAAUAACCUUGUUUGCCCCAGGCGGUCACUCGUCUGUGCCGCCCGAUCACACAUCCAUUGGAAUUUUAAGCGAAUUGAUGGUAGAAAUAGAGAACGACACCUAUCAAUUGCAAGUCGAUCAAGACAAUCCUGCACUCAACGCUCUGAAAUGCUUGACGAAGUUUGGAGCGAUCAACGACAAACAAAUGGAGAAAUAUCUUGUUGGAAACUCAAAGGAAAAGCUCGAAUCCGUUUUAGAUCAAGAAAGGGACUUUAAAUACUUUUUCAAAACUUCUCAAGCCCUUGAUAUCAUCUCUGGAGGCAUUAAGGCAAAUGCAUUGCCUGAAAUGGUAAGAGUUUUGUUAAACAACCGGAUCGAUAUCAACUCAUCGGUGAAUGAAACUUUAGAACAUAUUCUACAUCAUGUCAAGAACGCAGCAGACAAAUAUGAUCUCGGAAUCAAGAUUUUGAACGACGGCUAUUCCAAAGAGGAGGACGCCGUACCGAUAAAACCUGACACUGCAAAUGGCCGCUUCAUUAUCAAAUUGAUCGAUCCGCUAGAACCAGCGCCUCUUUCACCAACAAAAGGCAUGGAAGCUUGGGAAAUCAUGGCGGGCACGACCGUUAGUCUUUACAGCGAGAAAGCAUUCGGUGGUAAGAACGCAAGCGUAUAUUUAACCCCCUCGUUAAGCACCGGCAACACCGACACCAAAUCUUUUUGGAACUUGACAAGGAACAUAUACCGCUACGACGGUGCUAUGCUAUUCCCCGAGGGAAACGCACACACUGUCGAUGAAAAGACCUCCGGAGUAGCUCUGGUUUCGGGCGUGGCUUUCAUGUAUCAGUUCAUUCCAAAUGUUGACUUUUACAGCACUGAGCUGUGA